UCCCUUCCCGUCAUGCAGCGCUCCUGCCUGCUCCUCCGUUGAGCCGCCAUGUUGUCGGAGUGAAAGCCUGGGGUGUCAGAGAGAAACUGGGGCCGAAAUCCGCGACCAUCCACCCUCUCCGCCGGCUGUGGUGGAAUGAGCAGUGUGUGUGUGUUGAAGAGGAAAGCAGUGCUCUGGCAGGAUUCAUUCAGCCCCCACCAUAGAACUACAUCUCCCAGCAUGCCCGUGGUGCUGAGCAGCGGAGGACAUGCCCCUCCAACUGGGCAGACCCCUCAGGCCACACCCCCCAGCCAGCAGGGUGUGGCGGGUGCUGGACGUUCCCAGGAUGAUGCCAUGGUAGACUAUUUCUUCCAACGGCAGCACGGUGAACAGCCUGGCAAACACCGCUGGCCCACUGGAGACAACAUCCAUGACAGCCAGGUACGGUCCAUGGACGAGCUGAACCAUGACUUCCAGGCUCUGGCUCUGGAGGGUCGUGCAAUGGGGGAGCAGCUACUAACCGGUAAGAAGUUCUGGGAGACGGAUGACUCUGGGAAGGAUGGACCAAAAGGGAUCUUCUUGGACCAGUGGAGGGACAGUGCAUGGGGUGCCUCAGAUCACUCAGUGUCUCAGCCCAUCAUGGUGUCCCGUCGACCGGGGCAGGGUUUUCAUGGUGGUGGUGAAGUUGGCGUGGGCUCGGUAAUGUCACCGCGGUCGGAGAGUGGAGGGCUGGGAGUCAGCAUGGUGGAGUAUGUCCUGUCCUCCUCACCAGCUGACAAACUGGAUUCAUGCCUCCGAAAAGGACCUUAUGGACAAAGAGAUGGAGAGGUGGAGGAGGAGAAGAGGGAGAAGCCAAAGGCAGCAUUUGAAGGAGAGAAGCUGAAAGAGUUGACGGAAGGAGAACCUGAUGUGAUCAGUGACGUCAUAAACCCUAACGGGCUACCUGUCCAAAAUGGCCUCGAUGUGGAUGUCAAAGAGUUUGGUCGUCCCCCAGGCAACAUGCCGGCCCCAGGCCCUGAGGGCGACCUGCUUGGAGGCCCUGGGGGUGUCGGGGCUGAAGGCCUGACACCUUUGGGAGGUGGUGGAGGACCUAAACCCCCUGAAGACUUCUCUGGUGUAGAACAGGGUGGUGUCACCAUGGACCCCAUGGAGUCUGUGAUGGAGCCACUUCAGUUUGACUACAACUCCCAGAUGCCCAUGGACUCUGCACCCACUGUGGGCUUAUUUGAUUACACUAACCAGCAGCAGCUGUUUCAGAGAAAUAAUGCCCUUGCAGUGCAGCAGUUAACAGCAGCCCAGCAACAGCAGUAUGCCUUGGCAGCAGCACAGCAACCUCACAUUGGUCUGGCCCCAGCAUUUGUGCCCAACCCUUACAUCAUCAGUGCUGCUCCACCUGGGACAGAUCCCUAUGCAGCUGGACUCGCAGCAGCAGCUACGCUCGGUCCAGCAGUGAUGCCUCCCCAGUACUAUGGUGUGACUCCCUGGGGGGUCUACCCUGCCAACCUAUUUCAGCAGCAGGCCGCUGCAGCCAACAGCUCGGCCAACCAGCAGGCGGCAGGCCAGGGUCAGCAGAACCAACAGCAGGUAAUGCGUGCUGGGGGUAGUCAGCGACCUUUAACCCCCAGCCAAGGUCAGCAGGGUCAGCAGAAUGACCAGCUGGUUGCAGCAGCGGCAGUGAACUCAGCCCUUGCCUUUGGACAGGGGCUCGCAGCAGGAGUCCCCGGUUACCCAGUCCUGGCUCCUGCAGCCUAUUAUGAUCAGACAGGGGCCUUGGUGGUUAACACUGGAGCAAGGAGUGGACCUGUCCGCCUCAUGGCCCCAGCCUCCGUCAUCAUAUCUCCUUCUGCAGCACAAGCAGUUGCAGCAGCAGCAGCCUCCGCAGGUGGUGCCAAUGGUGGUCUGGGCGGUGGGGCCAAUGGUCCGUUCCGUGCUAUGACAUCCCAGCAGCCUCAGCAGCAGGGUGGCCCUGGUGGCGCUCUGGGUGGGAGCUCCUUCUACGGCUCCUCCUCCCUCAGCUCCUCCUCCCAGAGCUCCUCUCUCUUCUCACAGGGUUCAGCUCAGCCUGGUCCAGGGUCUGCCUCCCUGGGCUUCAGUCAGCCUGCCUCCUCUUCGCUUGGGGCCACGUUGGGGGCCACGUUGGGAGGCUUUGGGACUGCAGUGGCCAACUCAAGUGGUGGCAGUGGUUCCAGACGAGACUCCUUGACAGGGAACAGUGAGCUGUACAAACGCACCCCCUCUAGCCUCACCCCAAUUGGCCACGGAGGCUUCUACAAUGGCACCUUGGGCUUCAGUCCUUCCCCUGGCCCUGUGGGCAUGCCCCUACCCAACCAGGGCCCCUCCCAUUCUCUUACACCCCCACCCUCCCUGUCCAAUCACAGCUCCUCAUCCAACCUUAAUCUUGGUGGCCUGACUAACGGAAGUGGCCGUUUCAUAUCUGCAGCUCCAGGAGCAGAGGCCAAGUACCGCAGUGCCGCCAGCUCAGGCUCCUCCCUCUUUUCACCCAGCAGCCAAUUGUUUCCAUCGUCACGGCUACGCUACGGCAUGUCAGAUGUGAUGCCAUCAGGCCGAAGCCGCCUGCUGGAGGACUUCAGGAACAACCGUUACCCCAACUUGCAGCUCAGAGACAUCGCUGGCCACAUCAUGGAGUUCAGCCAAGACCAGCAUGGGAGCAGAUUCAUCCAGCUGAAGUUGGAGAGGGCCAGUUCAGCAGAGCGCCAGCUUGUGUUCAGUGAGAUCCUGCAGGCAGCCUACCAGCUCAUGGUGGACGUCUUUGGAAAUUAUGUCAUCCAGAAAUUUUUCGAGUUUGGCAGUCUGGACCAGAAGCUCGCCCUGGCAGAGAGGAUCCGAGGUCAUGUGCUGUCUUUGGCCCUGCAGAUGUACGGCUGUAGGGUCAUUCAGAAAGCUCUGGAGUUCAUCCCUUCAGACCAGCAGGUCAUUAGUGAGAUGGUACGGGAGCUGGAUGGCCAUGUGUUAAAGUGUGUGAAGGACCAGAACGGCAACCACGUGGUGCAGAAGUGUAUUGAGUGUGUCCAGCCUCAUGCACUGCACUUCAUCAUAGACGCCUUUAAGGGACAGGUCUUUGCCCUCUCCACUCACCCGUAUGGCUGCCGAGUCAUCCAGCGCAUUCUCGAACACUGCCUUCCUGAACAGACGCUGCCUAUACUGGAGGAGCUCCAUCAGCACACAGAGCAGCUAGUGCAGGACCAGUAUGGCAACUAUGUGAUCCAGCACGUUUUGGAGCACGGCCGAGCUGAGGAUAAGAGCAAAAUAGUGGCAGAGAUCAGAGGCAAUGUACUGGGACUCAGCCAGCACAAGUUUGCCAGUAAUGUGGUGGAGAAGUGUGUGACCCAUGCGUCUCGGGCAGAGCGGGCAGUGCUGAUCGACGAGGUGUGCAGCCUGACUGAGGGCCCCCACAGUGCCUUAUACACAAUGAUGAAGGACCAGUACGCCAACUAUGUAGUGCAGAAGAUGAUUGAUGUGGCCGAGCCCACCCAGCGCAAGAUCGUAAUGCACAAGGUAGGUGGAGGAAAGAGACGUGUAGGGAAGGAGAGCAGGGAGUGGAGAGAGGUGAGACCCGGUCUGCUCAUCCCUCCACUCCCACCUUUUGUUUGUUUUUUUUCUUUGCAUUUCCUCUUUAAACUCGAAAAUCAUUUCACUUUUUGCUACUGCUGCACACACAAUCCUACUGUCCCCUGCUCCCAUCCUAGCUAUUUACCACUAUGAGAUGGAUCGAGUAUUUAAUUUGUCUGACGUCACAGAAUCAUAGGCAAAUACACACACGCCAUCAGCUAACCAGCAGACAGAUCAUUUAGCAUGGGAGAUUCGUUUUCUGGUCUUGCUUCUAUAAAUAUAACGUGUAUACUUGGUGUAGACCUUUGCAUAUAUAUAUAAAUAUAUAUAUAAAACUUUGUAGUUUUUCUGGUUUUUGAUGUUGAAUCUGUAUCUAUAAUGUAUCCUAGUAGUGACCACAUACUUCUGACUGUAUAAUUGUACAUUUGUAAACCCUUGUAAUGUAAAAGUGCUUUACCACCCUUUUUGGUAUGAGAAAGAAAAAGAAAAAGCUCACUCUAAAAAAAAAUCUUAGAAAAAAAAAAAAAAAAAACCUGUGCAUUUCAGUGUAUAUUCUCACCUCCUUGGUUGUGACAUAUGAGUUGUUGUAUAUUGUAAAUUGUAAUAUCAAAUUUUUGUUUUGAAAAGCCCUUUCUAUACAGCGUAGUACUUGUACAAAGAUUCGCCACGCUUGGUUUUAUCUUUAUCUUGUCACUGCUUAACUUAAGACGUCAAAUCUCCCACUGACCCCCAAUUGGACACGUUCUGUUAGACUUAGUGGUGUCUUCUCAUUUAUGUUGAAGAUUUUCUUUUUUUUUGACCUUUUUUUUAAGAUCUUUUUAUAGGAAUGCUUUACCCCUUGAAAUGUCUCAUGUGUAUGGGUUUGCUGGCUGGGUGGGCUAAAUAACUUUUACUCAUUUAACCCGCCCCUCCACACCCCAGAUUACCCAUGAGUGUUUAAGGGGUAAAUCCUGGAUUGUACAGAGGAGAUUUCUUGUGUUUUCUGGCAUUUCUCUAGUGCUGUAAGUGCUGUAUCAUACUGUCCAUGUCCUUUUGGGUGAGAGAGGCAACCCGCCACAACGCGGUGUACAUUUGGAGCAGCCUUGUGUAUAUUUACUACGAGCACACCUGUAACCAUAUGUGUAUAGUUAACAGAACCUGUGUAUGCUUAUUGCCUGGGCAACUAUUUUUUGUAACUCCUGUUGUAGAUUGUCUCUAAACAAUUGUGUGAUCUUUAUUUUGAAACCAAACUGAACAAAAAAACUUUGAAAAUUUAA